UCCUCGUCCGCCGCACCGGAGGAGCCCACCCCUAUCGGCCAACUGUACACCGCGCAAUGGAAAGACGCCGAUAUCCCGGCGUCCCAACGCAAAUGCGUCUCAAAAUCCACCUACAAAGCCGGCAUCUACAAGCUCGGUGAAAUGUAUCCUGCGCUGAAGACCUGGGCGCCGCAGCUCAAGGUCUUCUACCACAAGCAGCACUACGAGGGCACCUGGGAAGGGGUUGAUCAUCAUGGGACGGAUAGGGAGCUGCUGAAGAUGGACUAUGAGGAGCUGCCGUUUGGAGUGCGGGAGUGGAUUACGCGGAAUCCGAAGCAGAGGCAUUAUAGUGUGCAGGAUGAGGUGGUUUUCUUUGCGCCGGGCGCGAUUUAUCCGGUGUUACCGCUGUGGGUGGAGGAGCCCGAGGGUGAGACGAUUGGAGAGUGUGAAGCAGGUGUCUUUGAGGAUCUUGAGAAUUACUCGCCGACGACCAAGGAUGGUGUUGUGCUCGGGAAGGUGUCGCAUGAGGCCAAGGGCAAGCACGAAGUCGAAUUCACCGUCGAAGCGUUCCAGAUCAAGCAGACAGCCGGGGACCAGAAGCGCGACGAG